AUGUUCGUACUCGAACAAGAAGAGUACAAGAAGGAAGGCAUCGAUUGGGAGUUUAUUGACUUUGGCAUGGAUCUCCUCGCGUGUAUCGAACUGAUAGAGAAGCAUUUGGCACCUUCUGUGAUCCUUUGUGGGUCUGUUUCGAAUCUGUAUAGUCGACGAAUCCAUGGAAAUCUGUCUCGAAUCAAAGAAAUUUUCGAUAAAGAUAAAAAUCAAAAAGCUAAUAUCGGGCUUCGAAGCAGACCAACAAGACAAGAAAGACAGGCGAAACAGAGGAAAGCAUAA